AAAAUGGGUGUGAAGAAGAAGAAAGGAAUGCAUGUUGCUGCAUUCACCGUUUGUCAGCAUGACCUUGAAACUUUGAAAUCUUUUGCUGAUGUGGAAGGGAAAAAUCUAGCUUCUGUGCUGUUACAUUGUGUGGAGCUCACAGAUGGAGUAUCACAAAUCUGUUAUAUUAAACAGAUUGUACUUCUGCUAGAGAAAGAAGAUAAAAAUGGCAUGUGUGAUCCCAUUAUUCAAAGUUGUUUGGAUAUUUUAGCUGGAAUCUAUCUUUCUUUGAGUUUAAAGAAUCCCUUGAAGAAAGUAUUGGCAAGUUCCUUAAAUGGCUUGCCAGAAUGUUUUGUGACUGAGGCUGUACAAAGUUUUACUUGUCGACUACAGGAAGAAUUGAAUACUACUGACUUAUACUCCUAUAGGAAAGUAUUUGACAAUAUCUCUUCCUGCCUGGAGAAUUUUAACUUGGGUAGAGAAAGUAUUAAUAAGUUGCUUGAAAAUGUGCUUCAUUUCCUGCAGAAGAGUUUAAUUGAAAUCUUGGAAGAAAAUAGAAAAUUUACAGGAAAUCAUAUUGUUCAAACACAAUUGAUGAAUGACCUAUUGGUAGGCAUUAGAGUUUCAAUGAUAGUAGUACAGAAAGUGCAUAGUUUCCAGACAAGUUUUUGGAAGACUUCUACUUCUCCAGAAUGGCAAAGCAUGUGUGCCUUGCUGAGUAUUUUCACCAAGUUUUUAAAUGAUGAUGACCUCCUACAGACAAUUCAUAGCACAUCUGGAUUAGCUAUUAUUCUCUUUAUUAAGACUAUGUUUGAUCCACCUGAAAGGAUCCCUAGUUUGAUUAGCAGUUUGCUUCUUGGUUCAGUGGACUGCACAAGCGUGCCUGAGUGGUUUAGGAGCAGCUGCAGGAGUCUUUGUGGUGCAGAGAUCUCUGGGUCUGCUCUCUUAUUCCUUUGUCAAGGGACCCUUGCCAUGUUGGACUGGCAGAAUGGAAGCAUGGGCCUGCCUGGGGAGGCGCUGCUCUUGGAUACUGCCAACGUUUUGUUCACCUUGAACUCACAGCUCAAGGAAACAACUCUGGAAAUGUUUCUGUCUAGAAUUUUGUCAUCUUGGACCAGUUCAGCCAUAUCUGUUCUUGAGUCAAGUUCUCUAAGCCUAAAGAACAGUCUGAAUGGGAAUUCAAGGAUAGUUGAGGGACUUUUGGAAUAUGUAUAUACUCACUGGGAACAUCCAUUGGAUGCUCUGAGGCACCAGACCAAAAUGAUAUUCAACAAUCUGCUCCAGAUGCACCAACUUGCUAUGGAAGGGGCAGAUUUGGACGAUGAUCCUUUCCUGUUGGGGCUAACUCAGAGUCUUCUGCAAUUGGAAUGGCAUGUUAAAGGAAAGUACAUAUGCCUGGGUUGUUUGGUAGAGUGUAUGGGAAUUGAACGUAUUUUGGCAGUAGAUAAAACAAUUCCAUCUCAGAUUUUAGAAGUGAUGGGAGACCAAUCUUUGGUUCCUUAUGCAAGUGACCUCUUGGAAACCAUGUUUAAAAAUCAUAAGACUCAUUUGAAAUCUCAGGCCAUUGAUGAUACUUGGAUUAACCAGCUGCAUGAGACUUGGAUUUCUCCUCUACUUUUUAUACUGUGUGAAGGAAACCCAGGCCAAAAAUCUUACGUGAUUGAUUAUUACUUGCCAAAAUUAUUGAAUUGCAGCCCUGGAAGCUUAAACUACAUGGUAAAGAUUCUUCAAACUUCAGCUGAUAUAAAAAAUGGUAAGAAAAGAAGUCUUUUCCGUCUAGGGUCUUGUCACAGCAGAGGAGCGCUGGGAGCUUUGAUGGCUUGUCUUCGAACAGCCCGAGCCCAUGGGCAUCUCCAGUCUGCAGCUGAUACCUGGGGAAGCCUUGUGUCCAGUGCAAGGAUAAAGCAAGGUCUAAUUCAUCAGCAUUACCAGGUGCGGAUAGACACGUUAGGCUUGCUUUGUGAAAGUAAUCGGAGCACCGAACUUGUUUCCGCAGAAGAAAUGCAGCUGAUUCAGUUUUUUAUUACAUACAAUCUAAACAACCAGUCUCCAGGGGUGCGGCAACAGAUCUGUUCUCUGCUGAAAAAGUUGUUUUGUAGGAUACAGGAAAGUUCUCAGGUACUUUAUAAAUUGGAGCAAAGCAUGUCCAAACGUGAACCCGAGAAUGAGUUAUCCAGUCAGCCUCCAACUGUCUCCUUGCAGCAGUACAAGAAUUUUAUGUCAUCAAUUUGCAAUAGUCUUUUUGAAGCAUUAUUUCCUGGGUCAUCUUAUCCUACUCGAUUUUCAGCUUUAACCAUUUUAUGCUCAAUAGCUGAUGUUUUUCCGGCUCCACAGGGUGGAAUCCAGACAGUAUAUCAGCUUAGCCAUGAUGUUGAUGCUGGUCGUUUUCAAACACUGCUGGAGUGCUUUACCAGCACUUUUGAAGAGGUCAAAGUGUUAGCCUUUGAUCUUCUAAUGAAGUUAACAAAAACAGUUGUGCCAUUUCAGGAUUCAGAGAAACUGCAAGGCUUGUUCCAGGCAGCGCUUGAGCUCAGCACAAGCACCAAACCCCACGACUGUGUAACAGCCUCCUACCUGCUGAACUUCUUAAUCUGGCAGGAUGCUCUUCCGUCUUCCCUGACUGGCUAUUUACAGACUCAGCAAGUUGCAGAUGGAGAUGCAGAGAAGUCUAUUUCUGUGGUGGAAAGGAACACAUUAAUGGUUAUCAAAUGCCUGUUGGAAAAUCUUGAGGAAGAAGUAGCUCAGGCUGAGAAUUCUCUGCUUCAGGCAGCAGCAUCCUUUCCCAUGUAUGGGCGAGUGCACUGUGUCACGGCAGCUUUGGAGAAGUUAUCCUUAAAGAACCUGCAGCUGGUGAGUGAGUGGAGACUUGUGGUGCAGAAGCUCAUCCUGUUGUCCUACCGGCUGUCUGCUGUGGUGUCUCCCGUCAUUCAGAGCUCCUCCCCUGAGGGCCUCAUCCCCAUGGACACUGACUCAGAGUCAGCAAACCGCUUACAGGUGAUUUUGAAUGAGAUUCAGCCACGAGAUACUAAUGACUAUUUCAGUCAAGCCAAAAUAUUGAAAGAAUGUGAUAGCUUUGACUUGGAGGACUUGAAUGCUGCUAUGCCAAAUAGUGAUACUUCUGUAGAAAUCAAAGGUAAAGAAGGAAAACCAUGUGAGGUAACUGCUCAGAUGGUGCUGGUGUGCUGUUGGAGAAGUCUGAAGGAAGUGGCUUUGCUUCUAGGCACCUUGUGCCAGCUCCUCCCGCUGCAGGCGGUGCCGGAAUCUUCUGAUGGACUGCUGACAGUGGAGCAGGUAAAAGACAUAGGAGAUUACUUUAAACAACACCUUUUACAAUCCAGACACAGAGGAGCGUUUGAACUGGCUUACACUGGCUUUGUGAAACUCACCGAAAUACUAACCAGGUGCCCAAAUGUGAGUCUGCAAAAGCUACCAGAACAAUGGUUACGGAAUGUUUUAGAGGAAAUUAAAUGCAGUGAUCCUUCAUCCAAACUCUGUGCGACAAGACGCAGUGCUGGGAUUCCUUUUUACAUACAGGCAUUAUUGGCAUCUGAACCAAAGAAGGGCAAAAUGGGUUUGUUGAAAAUAACAAUGAAAGAGUUAAUUUCCUUGGCCAGACCUAUGAGUGACUUACAGAGCACUGUCCCCCAGGUUCAUGCUCUAAAUAUCCUUAGAGCCUUGUUCAGAGAUACACGUCUUGGAGAGAACAUUAUUGCUUAUGUGGCUGAUGGAGCAAAGGCUGCAAUUCUGGGCUUUACAUCACCAGUUUGGGCAGUGAGAAAUUCCUCUACGCUUCUCUUUAGUACCUUGAUCACAAGAAUUUUUGGAGUUAAGAGGGCAAAAGAUGAACUUUCCAAGAAAAACAGACUGACCGGGAGAGAAUUUUUUUCUCGUUUCCCAGAACUCUACCCGUUUCUUCUUAAGCAGUUGGAAGCUGUAGCCAAUACUGUGGACAGUGAUACGUGGGAGCUAAACCGACACCCAAGCAUGUUUCUCCUCCUGUUGGUUUUGGGGAGACUCUACCCUUCUCCAAUGGAUGGCUCGUCGUCUGCACUCAGCAUGGCGCCUUUUGUCCCCUUCAUUAUGAGAUGUGGUCACUCACGCAUCUACCGGUCCCGUGAGAUGGCAGCUCGUGCCCUGGUCCCGUUUGUUAUGAUAGACCAAAUCCCAAAUACCAUCCGAAUGCUGUUGACCAAACUUCCAGACUUCGCUGACCAGUAUUUCCGGCAAAACCAUAUUCAUGGUACACUCCUCCAGGUUUUUCAUUUGUUACAAGCCUACUCAGACUCCAAACACAGGACAGAUUCAGACUUUCAGCAGGAGCUGACUGGCAUCAUGGUUUGCACCAGAGCCAGACUCUGGCUGGCCAAGAGGCAAAAUCCAUGUUUGGUGACCAGAGCUGUAUAUAUUGAUAUUCUCUUCCUGUUGACUUGCUGCCUUGACAAACCUGCAAAGAGGUGCCAGCCAGACCUGGAGAACCUUGGCUUCUGGGAGGACGUGAACGAGAUCAUCACAGGCUCAGAGCUGAUCACAGGCUUCCCCUAUACCUUUACGGUUCCAGGCUUGCCCCAGUACCUCCAAAGCCUCACCAAACUAGCCAUAGCAGCUGUGUGGGCAGUGACAGCCAAGGCUGAGGGGCCGACAAGGAGCAUGACCAUCGCCUUCCCUCAGCUGUUAGAGUCUGCUUUCCCGGAAGUACGGUCCCUGACCCUUGGCACUCUGUUAGAAAAGUUCUCAGCAGCAGAGAGGGGACUGCCUCCUUUACUGCAUGGUUUGAGAGAGAAGUUCUUGAUGAUGGCUGUGAAGGAGAAGCACCCAGAAUGCUUCUGCAAGAUACUGAAAAUCCUUCAUUGCAUGGACCCCAGUGAGUGGCUUCCACAGACAGAGCGCUGUGCCCAUCUAACCCCAAAGGAGUUCUUGAUCUGGACACUGGCUGUCGCUUCCACUGAAAGGUCUGAAAUUCAAAGCAUAGCUCUGAGACUUGCCUCCAAGGUGAUUGUCUGCCACCUGCAGAUGAGUGAGGAGGACAGAACAUCAGUAGCCCCUGCACUGAAACAGUGGGUUCAGCUAGUCAUCUCGUCCUGUGAAGAACACCUUCCCACAGAGCCUAGGGUGGCUGCCGCAGAGGUCCUCACCAGCACUGCACCAUAUUUCCUCACCAGCCCUCAUCUGAUUCUUGGGCUGCAGGAUACACUUGCUCUCUGGAGAUGCAUCUUCACCCUGCUGCAGAGCGAGGAGCAGUCCGUCAGGGAUGCAGCUUCAGAGAUUGUGACAGCUGCCGUAUCACAGGAAAACACUUGCCAAGCAACAGAGUUUGCCUUCUGCCAGAUGGAUGCCUCGGUCGCACUGGCUCUAGCAGUGGCUGUGCUGUGUGACCUGCUCCAGCAGUGGGACCAGCUGGCCUCUGGACUCCCCAUCCUCCUGCAGUGGCUGCUGGGUGAGGGUGAUGACCUCGUCUGUGUGGAGAGCACACAUCAGGUAGAAGAAGACUAUCUGUUUGAAAAAGCAGAUGUUAACUUUUGGGCCGAGACCCUGGUCUUUGUGAAACAACUCUACAAGCACCUCUCCCAGCUCCUCUCCAGGUCCUGCUGGUGUCCCCCUAACCCUGAGAGUCUCCGUCACCUUCAGAGGACUGCGUCCCAACAACACCAGCUCCUCACGCAGCUCUUCCAGGAGCUCCCACCAACUGCUGAGUUUUUAAAGACCGUGGAGUUCACAAGGCUGCGUGUUCAGGAGGAAAGGAUUUUGGCUUGUCUGAGGCUGCUGGCCUUUCUGGAAGGAAAGACAGAAGAAACCCCGGUUCUCAGUGCUACCGCGUCUCCUCCAGAAGCGAGGCGAUUAACUCGGCCAAGAACAGAAACAGCAUGUUGA